UAUUUUUUAAUGGCCCUUCCAACUAAGAGGUCAUUGGGAACUGAGAAGCUGUUCGGCAGGGAGAUGGGGAAGGAGGACAUAUUGCAGAAGGUUAAGGGGCCAUCUGAGGGAGAGUCUAGCUACCCUUCCAAGCUAUUGCUAGUAUUAUUCUUUGCAGACUCCCUGCUGCGGGUGGGCCGGGCUGGGAGCAGGGGCCAUCCCCAGUGCCGGGCGGGGGCCGGCAUUUCCCGGGAGACGCAGCCCCCGCCUUGCGCCUUCGGGGCUCCGGGGCUGAGCAAUCGGGGGCUGGGGCUGGCUUUCUCCCCAGAGCACCUGCCUCCAUCAGGCCGCCUUGUGCCCUCCCCGCUCGGUGAGGCUUCAGCCCCCUCUGCCCUCGGACCCUGGGCAGCCCGGGCCCUCGGCGGCGGGCAGAAGAGGGAACAGCUGUGUUUGUGUUUGCCUCGCAGGUGCCGGGGGAACACCGGCUCCCAGGCGCCCGGAGCUGGGGCGCACUUCUCGCUCGCCUCGCCUGGCCCCCGGAGCAGGGCUCCCCUUCCGCUUCCCUCCCCUCUCCCUUGGGGUCUCGGCUCCGUCAGGCUCCCGGUGGCCCCUGGAUUUUGCAGCUGCUCUGAGGCUCUGUCACAUGAGCACCUUCCCUUGCCCCCCCUCCUUUCCUUUCCUCCUCCCUUAGCAACGGGAAGGCUGUGGCUACCGGGGACCCGGCCUGGGGCCAGGAGGCUGCGGGCCGAGCGCCGGGCUCCGGGUGCGGGGCGCAGGGAGGAGCCGCCCCCCACGGGCUCCCUGCGGGCCGAGCUGAGCGGUCCGUGCGGGGCCUAGCGAAGGCCGGCCGGCUCCGCUACAGGUGGGGCUCCCGGCCCGGCGCCCCCCGGCCCGGCGCCCCAGCGCUUCCCGUUUUCUCCGCUGUCCACGAGCCCCCCGCAAACAUGAGCCGGCCUCAUCCGCCCGGGCCACUUUCAACAUACAACAGUCUAACAGACAAACAUCUUGUGGGCUACUUCAGCAAUAUAAGAAUCAGGAGGCAUCUUCAGAGAGCAGGGCUGAUCUCAAGAAGUGGAAGAAUACUCUCUGAGAAAGAAUACAGACAGAACAUCAUGAGGAAGGACCACCAAAAAUUCACCAGAGAAUACUUAGCUUAUGCUAUAUUCAAAAAGAUCCUUGAAAUGGAGCACAACUACCAAAUGGAGCUCAAGAGGCGACUGGAGGCCACUGCUCAGAAGGAACGUGUGCAGAGAGUCAAGGUUGGGCGCUCACGGCGGGCGGUCGAACAUUACAUGCCUGUGUUAUCUCCUCAUCCUCCAGUUGCUCCAAAAGCGAACCAUGGAUCAUGUGUUGUGAUUGAUCAAGUGUAUUCUAGUUCUUUGAAACUGGCUCUCCCUCGGCCAAAUACUGCCCCAGGAAGACCCAGCACUGCCCCCGCAAACAUGCAGCAACGGCCAAGUCGGCUGCAGCCGCUCCUCAGUCAUCCCACAACAGGAGUUAUGCUAAAGCCACCGUCAGUGUCCAGGUCAAAGCCGUCUCUGGCCGAGAGUGAGGGUCGAUUUCCCAAUGGGGGCGAAAGGUACAGGAACCCUUCAGAGCAUCCCCACGGAGUGGCUCCAUAUCAGUUGCCUAUUAUUAAUGAGUAUUUGAUGCCUGUGCCUCCACCGCCGUCCCCGAGAAAUGAAAAGAUGAUCAACAAAAGUCGGAUCGAGGCAUGGAGGAGAAGAGUCCGUCCAACCACAGCCCCAAACAUCCCGGAUCCUCACAGGGAUUCAGGAAGACAUCACAAAUCUCCUUUGCAUAGUAAUGCCUUCGUCACCAUGAUCUAUUGGGGGAAGAGUGUGCACUUGAAUCAUGACGACUUAAAUUAUAAAGACGAGAUCAAAAUUUAUCAGCAGCACUGCGGCGGGGAAAACCUUUGUGUCUUCCAAGGCAAACUCCUUGAAAAAGAGACAUUUCAGUUCAUUUCCAAGCGACACUUCGGCUUCCCCUUCAGCCUCACCUUCUUCCUGAAUGGGAUGCAGCUGGACCGGCUGAGCUCCUGCUGCGAGUUCAAGCAUCGGAGGGGUUCCAGGCUGGGAGGCAAGAAUGGAUACUUUGGAUUUGUGGACAUCGAUGGAGCUUCUCCGUGUUAUAAGUGCAUCAUUUCAAUGGGACUUGAUAAAAAGCCAUUUCCACCUCCAAAGAAAGAGAAAGAGAUGAUGGAGGUCAAUGAGGCCACUGUAAAAGAAGAGGCCACCAAAGUGAGCGAAAGUUUUAAUGAAGAAGUGGAGAAUGUGGGACCGACGCCGACGACUUGUUCGUCUCCCGAAGAUGAUAAAGUUGAAAAGCUCAUUGAGGAAGAGGUGGAGAGAGACCAGGAAAUAGAAAUAGCCAUUACUACAAAUAACACAGAAACCUCAUUUCGAGACGACUAUGAUGAAGAUUUUGAAGCCGAUGACGAGAAAUCAAAUGAGAAAGUUAAAGAAGAUGGACAGAUUGAUGAUCAAAUGAUUGGAAGGUCAAAAUCACCCUCAGAUGAUGAAAAAGAUAAUUUAGACAAUGAGAAGGAGAGUGAAACUUCAUUCCAGGAAAUACGAGAAACCUCUGAUUAUAUGAAGUACGAUAUUGAUGGAUGUUCAGAUAAUGACUUGGAAGAUGAUAAGCAAGCUAGGCAAACUUCCUCCUCAGGCUCAUCCAGAAGUAAUGCAUAUUCUAGUUCCGGUGAAGAUAUGUCUGAAAUGGGGGAUGGGAGAACCUGCAGUGAUCAAAGCCAAGAAGAAACUCAGCAAGAAAAUCCAUAUUUCAGGGAUGUGGAUGAAGAGGACAAAGUGGAAUACUCUCUUUCCCAGGAGGUCAUGGAUGAAAAGGAAAUUGAGUCCAAAAGGAUGGAUCCCGAGGGAAUUUCUGAAGAUCAAGGGGCAGAAUGUCAUUCUUCCUUAAAAGAGAUCCUUAAAAAAAGCACAAGUGGUGGGUGCAGAGAUCAGGCUUCUGGAGAAGGGAAAGAAGAGGAAGAGGAUGCUCGAUGGUCUUUGGCCAAGACUGCCAAAGAGAUGGAUGGUACAAUGGCAGGGCUUUCUAAGGUUGACGAAGGUGGUGAUCUCAAAUCAAUCCAAGAGAAAAUAAGAGAAUCAGCGGAAGAGGAUGAACUGCGCCCUUCUGAAGCUGAACUUAGUGACUCCAGCACAGACGAAGCGCAAGAAGGCUGGAGGAGUAGUCUGGAUCGCUCUCACAAAGAUGGGGACUUGUUGGCAGAAGAAACAACAGCUCUGGAGAUGGCUCUGGAGGAGUCCAAGCAUGUUGCACCUGAGGGAGAGCAGCUGAAGGGAGGAGAAGCCUUUGAGGGGGUCAUGAUACCCGAGUCCAAGAAAGCUGAACCAGAGGCAGGACUAGGGGGCCCCAGAACAAGGAAGAGAAAGGAGGAGGAGAAGGAGGAAGUAGAGGUGGGGGAGGAGGGAAAGAAAGAAGAGGAAGAGGAGGAAGCAGAAAAGGAGCAAGAGGAGGAAGAGGAGAGAGUUUUAGGGAGGGAAUGGAUGGUGGUCAGUGCUACAUCAGCACCUCGAGCUUUGGCUGAAGGGACAGACUUGACCAAAGGGAGGGAAGUCCCUAAAGUUCAUUGGGAAAUUGAGGAGACAGGAGCUAAAGGAGAAGAGUUCACAUCUAAGGAAGAGGAGGAAGUGACAGAGAGGACAAGAACAUCCCAAGUCAUGACUAUGGCAGCAUCUCCUGAAGAGGAGUCUUGGAAAGACAAAGGCUCAGAGAGAAAGGAGGCUGCAAUCCAAAAGGAGGAGGAUGUAGGGAAGACAAACAAGGAAAAGCAGGGAGGCCCAGAGGAAGUAAGGCAUGAAAGCAAGACAGCAAUCCACAGCAAAGAGAGAAUGGAAGAGAUGGCCAACCGAAAAGAAAUCGAAAAGCUCGAGGAGGAAGAGCCUGAAGGGGAGAGAGGAUGCAUAGAAGCUGUAAACCCAUCUAGGAAGGACAUGGCAGCUUGGAGAGAAGCGUCAGAGAUGGAGGAACUUAAGAACAUUAAGGAAACAAUUUUUAAGAGAAAGGAAAUGUACCCAGAGGAGCAGAAAGAUGGGGAAAAUGCAGCAGCUCUGAGGGGCGUGUCCCCAGUGGAGAAAGGAGCUGAAGGAGUAGCUGAUUUGGAAUGUGUCAGUAGGGAAUCUGGACCUCCCAAAGGAUCAAAGAAGGAGACAGCUGCUAUGGGAGAGGAAAUCAUGUCUGAGGAGGAAACUGGGCCACUGAAUGAAAUUUUGAGGGAACCCAUGUCCCAGAGGGAGGUGGUGAUGCCCCUGUUGAUAGCUGAAGAUGAGGAGAUCUUUGAGCCUUUGGAAGAAACCACAAAUGGAAAAGAAGAGACAGAGGAAAAGGAGUGUGAGAGAAAGAAAGGAGGAGAGAAGGGAGCGGAGCAUGGGGACAGGGCAGCGUUUCACAGAGAAAGGGCUGAAAAUGAGAGAAAACUGUCUGCAGGAGAAGCAGCCUCUGAAGUCAGGGAGGCCUCAGGGAAAGUGGGAAGUCCAGGGGAGAAGGAAGAAGCGGAAAGCGAGGAUGGAGACACCGGAUACAGAUACGGAGCCACAGGAGAAGCGACUUGCAGUGCAAAAGGGGAAAAUGAGGAGGAGGAGGAACAAGAGAUGGAAUUACCACCGGCCAGGGUGGGGAGGUCACUCAACAAUAGAGAGGGAGAGCCUGGAGACCAGGAGACACCUGAGGAGGAGAGCACCACAAAGGAGCCAAUUCUUCCUGAAAGGGUAGAAACCCUGGGGCAAAUAAAGGCGAAAGGGAGAGACCCACCAGCGAAGCCCCGCUCAGCUGCCCUUGAUGAUCUAGGGACGCCAGGAGAGGAAGCAGCUUCAGCACCAGGGACAGGGACACCUGGGAUGGAAGAAGCCCGGAAGGAUGGAGAAGCUGUUCCAGAAGGACGGGCUGGGAUGGCGGCGGCAGCUCCGGAGAGGGAGCCGUUGGCGGAGGAGGGCGACCCAGAAGAAAAUAGAGCCUCCUCUCCUUCAGAUGUUGCUGUGGGGGAAACUUGGCCCAGAAGGGACCAGCUAUUAAAGAAAACAGCAGCUGCAGGCAGUGGGGCAGUGGAGGAGGAGGGAAAUGGAGACUGGGGCCCAGCUGGAGAGGAGGCGGGAAGGAAAGUGGCCCCGGAUUCAGAGCCAGCCGCCAGGGAAAGGGCCCUCCAAAGGGCACUCGUGGUCCAGGCAAGGAGACGGGAUAGAAAUCAGAAGGGGGAGACAGUCAGAAGGGAGAGGGAGAAGGGCCAGGCUGCAGAGGCAGGGGAUGGUGAGGAGGAAUCCACUCUGGGAUCCCCGGAGCCAGGGCCCCCAAAGGGAGCGCCCGAGAGCCAGAGUCCCCAGGUCACAGAAACCAUGACUGUGGGAAAGAUGGCUGAAAUCAGAAGGAACCAAGACAGCUCUGCACCACGGGAAGGAACUGACCUCGGGAACUGACCCCGAGGACUAGAUGGCUUUAAACAUGUCUUCUGGAAAGCAGGAGAAGCAGAGGAGCACGUCUCAAUCGUUUUCGCUAGACUUUUAAAACACUAAGUGGUUUUUCUUCCUCUGAGUAUUACACACACACACAAACACGCACAUACACACACAUACACACACAUACACACACACUCACACAAUUAUAGAUUUAUGCUAAAUCAAAAUGCCAAUCUAUUCAUUUUUGCUGAUGCCCAACGUGACAAACUUUUCUGUUAACCCAGAGAAAAACUACAGGACUUGCAGGAAGAUAACUUGGAACAAAGUCUCCCUAAUGGAAUCUCUCUCUAAAUGUUUCCCAUCACUGACAUCCAUCCACUUUCUAAGUGAAAUCAUAUUUUAAAAUCAGUCCCUUUUAUCCUAAUGCUCCCCUAUGUUUUCUGUAAAAUUACCCUAUAGUUUUACGGUUAUGCAAAUUUUUUGUUGUUAAUUAAUGUCCUUUUCAAACUCAACUCAGGUGUCACCUAAGUGAAACUUGUGACAUGUCACUGCUAAAGACUUGACUUCUUGGUCUGUGAAAAUCAUGUCAAGGAGCCUCCCACUUCUAUUCCUCAAACACUGUCCAGUACGGACCUUUAGGAUGCAAUCCCUGGGGAUUGUCCUGAAAGCACAUAUUUGGUGGGAAUUAUAGGCUGAGAAGAUCCUUUCUUUCUGAUAAUGCCCACUGCUUCCCUCUAAAUGGGAAGAUUAUUUUUGAAAAGCGAUGUGAGAGAGACAGAGACAGAGACAGAGAAAGGGACAGAGACAGAGACAGAGAAAGGGACAGAGACAGAGAAAAAGAGACAGAGAGAAAAAGAGACAGAGUAUUUUUUAUUAUCCUUCUUCCCUGGAUAGCUGGCUAAGCUCUCAGCUUGCAGCAUUUCAUCUUAGGGGUUCUUAUUUCUGGAAACCAAUGUUGAAUCAAAAGAGCAUCUUCUUUAGCUCCAGAGAGCAGGGUAACUUUGGCAAUUAAACUGAGAGCCCAGACCAAGUGCACCCAGGCCCUAGUGCGGUCUGCUGUCGAUACCCCAAUGAAUGGAUGGUUGGGAUGGGUUGGCCCACUGUUCCCCGUUUCUGGGGUAGGAGUGUUGUACUAAGAACCUGCAUCAGUGAAUGGCAGCGGAGGACUUCCUCACCUGGGAGCACAUCUUAGAUGAGUGUGAGUGAUCCUCCCUCUACAGAAAGGGAGUCCUCUGCCCUCAGAGCAUUGUUCCUGGACUUGGGUACCUUUGCCUCUCUUCGAGCUGGUUUGCUAGAUUGAAGGAAGCACUAUCAGAAUCAGAGCUCGGGUUCAAAUCCCACUUUGGAUGUUUAUUCUCUGUAACCUCAGCUGAAUAAUCCCACCCCCAGCCUCAUAAUAGAAGGAUACAGAGUGGAUUUGAAUCCACAUAAAGUGGAUUCUUUCUGGAUUUGUGACCCUUGGGAUAAAAAGGCAGAUACAUUCUAGAGUGAAAUGAGAAAGUGCCGAGCUCCUGCAGUAGCAGAGGUGAUCUCCUCACUAUACAAAGUCCCAGAUCUGGUCCAAGACCAAACCUUCCUUCCCUAAGUCCCCUCAUCUCAAAGCUCCCCCUAAAAAUGGUGGUGAAUGUCCCACAAAAACGCCUCAAGCAAGUGCUAGCUGGACCUAAGGCGCCGAGGACCAGGAUUCCUAUUCUGGUUGGCCCUUUGGUGCUUGAUAGAGAAUUCCCUAAGGAAGGCAGUCAUUGAGCACUUACUGCAGAAGUGGUCUCCCCCUUUGGCGGGGUGUAGGGGAGAUUUACCUAAUAGGUCAGAGGGUGAAGUUGGGGCUUUGAGGAUGUGGGGAGGUCUCCGGUAGAACCAGGAGGAGAUUCUGGGAUAGUGGAUGUUGUUUUCUUCCCCUGCCCUAAGUAAACGUAAGGAGCUGCCCUGGGAGAUGGGAACCCCUGAUCUAACAGGCAUCGUGCACAGUCUGUAGCAGCACCAGGUCACAAGGGGCACGUUUUCGUCUUCAGGGUAGGACACGCUCUGUCUUAAUGAGCCUCACAUCGGGCUUCUCCCGCCCUUGUUUCCUGUCUCUGCCCUUUGCUUUGACAGUGUCUUCAUGGAUUGUAUAAGAAUAGGUAACAUUUCCUGCACUGAGCAGCGCUUUUUGCCUGAUGGGUGCGAAGGAUGAGGAUCCGUACAAGGGCCUCGUGGCAUCCGAGUCCCGUCUGUGAAUUUUCUCGUGGCACGUUGGCAUUGUUGGGCGGGGCCUUCCAGCGGGCAGAAAGCGGCAGGAUCGCCCCUCAGCUGCUGCUUGUCUCCAGUGUUCUUCUUUCUUUAAAGCACCAAUAAAGAAUUUGCUGAAGGAUGGCUUUGUGGAUGGCCUUGACUGAUAAAGGAGGUCCUGCAAUGCAAGCCUUGGUGCAGAAACUUCCCAAUGUGGAGCAUCUUCCAGCCGGAGAGCUCACAGCUUAACCUCCAGGGAGGUUCUACUCUCAUCCCCGCCCGCUCUUCCUGCCUCCUUUAAGGUGCCCCGGACAGGCCGGAGACUUCCCUUUAGAUCUAUUGCUCAAAUAAACAUUGUGUUCACCGUGUGCACAUCA